ACGGGCUGGGCCGCUGGCCCCGCCUGCCAGCGAGGCGGGAGCGCGGGGCCGCGCUGCCCGGGCGGGGGAAGCCGCUUAGGGAGCCCUGGCGGGGCCCGAGCAGGUGCGCACGGCAAUGCAGGUCCCAAUCUUUACGGUUGAUGCGUUUACAAACCGGCCGUUUUCUGGAAAUCCUGCGGCAGUUUGUCUGCUUGAGAAUGACCUGGAUGAAGAUUUGCACCAAAAAAUUGCAGCAGAAAUGAACCUUUCAGAAACAGCUUUCAUCAGAAAACUGAAACCUGGAGACGACUUUACCAAAAGCUCCUGCUUUGGGCUCAGAUGGUUCACCCCAGCCAGUGAAGUUCCUCUCUGUGGUCAUGCUACCCUUGCAUCAGCUGCUGUGUUAUUCCACGUACAAAAAAAUACAAACUCAGUUCUCACGUUUGUGACACUGAGUGGGGAAUUAAAGGCCAGACAAGUGAAAGAUCAUAUUGUCCUGGACUUGCCACUUUAUACAGCCUACCCCCAGGAGCUUAAGGAAGUAGAAGAAUUGAUAAAGGCAGCGGUUGGUGACAUGAUUGUUCAAGACGUUCGUUAUUCUCCCGACACAAAGAAACUCUUGGUGCGCCUCAGUGAUACUUAUGAUAGGUCUGUGUUGGAAAACUUGAAAGUGAGUGCACAACGCUUUUUGUCAGCUGACAAGACAGGAAAACUGAAAGGGCUCAUACUCACUGUUAAGGGAGAUUCCAGUGGAAAAGGCCAUGAUUUUUACUCCAGGUAUUUUGCGCCUUGGGUUGGAGUUCUGGAAGACCCUGUUACAGGAUCUGCUCAUGCUGUUUUAAGCAGCUACUGGUCAGAGCAGCUGGGGAAGAAGGAAAUGCUUGCUUUCCAGUGUUCCCGCCGUGGAGGAGAGCUGAAGAUUUCCGUGCGCAGUGACGGAAGAGUUGACAUUGCGGGGCAAACUGCUGUUGUACUAAAAGGAAACCUGACUUUGUGAAGGAACUGGCACUGAUCUCCCUCUUCCCUCACUAAUUACUCAUUUUUGUGUUGCUCUCUUUAUGCUCUCUCAGCUCUAGGCAGUGAAUUACUACUGUUCUCAAAAGUCUUUGAUUGCUCAUUGGCCAUUUUUAAAAAUUGCUUGAAAGUACUCACUUCUGAUCUUCAAGAUCCUUGGUAUUCUUCACUUCCAUCUUGCCACAUCCUAUGCACACUGACCAAUGAAAAUGUUUGUCUACAGCUGUCUUGGUUUUGUGCUUUUAAAUAAUAAUUCUCUUUAUUUCCAAAUUCCAUCUUAAAAUCCCUUACUGCUUCAUGGAUUAAACUGUAAGCAUCUGUUUGAUAAUCAAACUUUUCCCAUGUAGAUAAUUUUUCAUGAAAUUUGAAUUAAUUAAAAAUACAUUUUCUUGGGUAUAUAUUGAAAUGGUAGCCAUGUUCACUAACUUACUUGAAUUAAAAUAUGAAAACAUAGAAAUUA